GAAGUUCAUGUUUUGAAAAUUCCCCCGGCUGUUGGAGAGCAGCGUCACCCGGCAGCCUGGCUGAAUCCGGCUGACAGCAGCCCAAGCGGGAAGUGCAGCUGUGCACACACUCGGGCUUUCCCUCUGCAGCUGGCCAGUUCUGUAUGCACCCGCCUGGAGCCAUGACACGGCUCUGCCCUGCUGCUCCAGCCCUGCUGCUCUGCUCCCUUGCUGCGCUGCUCCAAACCUCUCUGGCACUGGAUCAUGUGCCCAUGCUGCUUUGGUCAACUCAGAGAUCACAGUGGAAUCCAGACACUGCUGUGCAUGAAGGACAAGUUGUCUCAGCACAGGAGCUGAUGUUACUCUUGCAACCUCUUUUUACCCAGAACUCCAGAAACCUCGUCUUGUUCCUGCAAGAUAGGCUUAGCACAGAUGAUUUCACAUACUUCAGUGAAUCCUAUGGCAACAAGAAUCCAUUUCAAAAUGUUCAGGAAAUUCUUCAGUCUUCUCCUUCAUCUUUAGUUUUGCCAGCUGUUGACUGCAAGGCUACCCAGAAUCUCCUAAGUGUUCUUCAGGAAUCAGGAGAUUGGAAGUUAACAAAUGUAACUAAUUUAAAUGUCUCUCAGCUGGAACUGAAUGCAUCUAACCCAAACUUACUGGUGGUCCAGCUACAGCCACUUGCCAGUGGUUUAAAAGAGAUUUCCACUCUGGAAGCAGUUGCUGAAAAUGACAAAAUAAUUGGAAGAGUGACCAUGGAUCUGCAGGAACGAGGGAUUCAUUUUUCAGUAAUUUAUACUGCAGUGAGACCUUCAAGGAUUUCUAGAAGAACUGAUGUGGUGGCAGAAUUAAGACGACAAUUAAUGGCUGCUGAGGAAGAAGACAGUUUAUCAUAUCCUCCUCUGAAUGUGACCACUGGAAAUUAUUCCUGCAUCCUUUUUUAUGCUAGUAAUUUCAGCCUCAAAGCCAACAGUUCAGUUUUAAUAGAUUUGACAAAUGCAACAUUUUUAACACAGAACGUGGAUAUUUCUGCCUCUGAGUGCUCAGACAGCAACACAACACUGUCAUUAAAAUACACAAAACCAGUGAAUGGAAUCAGCAGCCUAGAGAUAAGGUUUUUAAUGACCAACAAGUUCUAUGAAGUCUCGGCUAGAAAAUGGUCCACUUUAAAUUCAGUUGAGAUUGUACAAGAUGGAGAAAAGUUUGCUAAAUUUAAUGUUUCUGGCAUCUCUGCCCCUGCAGAGUAUUCAUUUCAUUGUCAGCUGGUGGGAACAAGCAAUCUCUAUCCUGCAAGGCUGGUUCCAUCCAACAAUGAGGCAAAAAAUUGGGAUGUUUUCAUUUCCAAGCUGCAAAUUCAAGGCUUCAACAUUAUAGACAACCAGUUUUCCUAUGCAAGUGACUGUACAGGUUUCUUCACUCCUGGAAUUUGGAUGGGCUUGGUGACAUCUAUAAUUUUACUGUGGAUCCUGACCUAUGGAAUCCAUAUGAUCAUGCAGCUCACAACAAACAGCAGAUUUGACGAUCCCAAAGGUCCAGCUUUAUCAGUUCCUCAGACAGAAUAGCCGCGAAUUGACUUAAACAUCAGACCAGGAAAAGCCACAGCAACAUUAUGAUUUUAAUAAUCUUUUUACUUCAUAAUAUAUUUAACUUGAAAGGAUAUCAUGAGAAAACCAGAUAAUUAAACUACAUAUAGAAAUGAUCCUUAUGUUUGGCAACAAUAAAAAUUCUGUCUGUUA